CAAUGGACGCUGUGAUAGUAGGUGAAGCCAGACGUGGGUGAGACACGGCUUUCAUUCCACGCGCACCCUUUGACGACGACGACGUGCGUCCACAUGUGGAGAAAUGGAAAAUGGACGCCAUGCUCUAAUUAUAGAUGGUGGGAUUAAAAAUAGCAUUUCUAUAUUUGUGUGCGACCACUGAUUGGGAUAUAAGGCACAUCGCUGCAAUCAUAAACACAAUUAGGAUUUCUAAUGUAGCGAAACACUACGAUUGUUCGCGUACAUAUUCUUCAGCUGCAUGUAUGCGUAGCCGAUGACGUCCUGGCUGACCGGAUACAGGAACAUGUGCUGACGUUGUUAAACCCGCCCAGAGAACAUCGUGUGCACACUACAGACAGGGGAGGUUGGUAUUUGGUGGUGUUUUCUUGUCAUCUUGGAAUGUUGAAGGUGGAAUUUAUUUGGGGGUGACCUCAUGUGAUCUGAAACAUCAAAGGAGAUAUUUGGUGGGGUUCUUUUUUCCUUUGAUCGGAAAGAUUAUGACGUAAGUAGGAAUCAAAUAAUUCAAUGAACACAAUGGAUCAAAAUAUGCCCCCACCCCCAUAGGGUGACGGCACUGUAAUGACAUUUUUUGACAAUUCAUCUUGUAAAAAUCCACUCCAUUGUGAAGUUAUUUGACAAAUCAACUUGUAAAAAAAAUAUAUUUCAUUGCGAAGUUAUUUGACAAAUAAACUUGUAAAAAAAUCUACUCCAUUUUGAAGUUAUUUGACAAAUCAACUUGUAAAAAAAUAUAUUUCAUUGCGAAGUUAUUUGACAAAUCAACUUGUAAAAAAAAUAUAUUUCAUUGCGAAGUUAUUUGACAAAUCAACUUGUAAAAAAAUCUACUCCAUUUUGAGGUUAUUUGACAAAUCAACUUGUAAAAAAAAUAUAUUUCAUUGCGAAGUUAUUUGACAAAUCAACUUGUAAAAAAAAUAUAUUUCAUUGCGAAGUUAUUUGACAAAUCAACUUGUAAAAAAAUCUACUCCAUUUUGAAGUUAUUUGACAAAUCAACUUGUAAAAAAAAUAUAUUUCAUUGCGAAGUUAUUUGACAAAUCAACUUGUAAAAAAAUCUACUCCAUUUUGAAGUUAUUUGACCAUCAACUUGUAAAAAUAUCUACUCCAUUGUUAAGUUAUUUGACAAAUCAACUUGUAAAAAAAAUAUAUUCCAUUGCCAAGGUCUUUGACAAAUCAACUUGUAAAAAAUAUACCCCAUUGUGAAGUUAUUUGACAAAUCAACUUGUAAAAAAUCUAUUCCAUUGCGAAGGUCUUUGACCAAUGACUUGUUAAAAAAAUCUACUCCAUUGUGAAAUUACUUCACAAAUCAACUGGUAAAAAAAUAUAUUCCAUUGUGAAGAUCUUUGACAAUUCAACUUGUGAAACUGGGUUCAAGUCUUCAGACCGGUUACCUUAUUGGAUUCAUUUUUUUUUAUUUUUUUUUUUUGUACAACGAUCGGGCUCUUUCGGAUCCAUUCUUUGUAAAACUGACUUAUGUUUCUGUACAUCUGAAAGUUGUUCUUGUGCCUUUGAUCUCUUUGAUUUGUUUGCCAGUGAAACGCUUGGCUCGUCUUUUGAAAGUUCUUUUCCCGUUAUGACUCAAAACACGAUCAGCCGAUAGUUUGUGGAGGUGAAACUGAAAAUAAAAAUGCUUCCUCGUACCAAGUCAAUACUAGGCUAUAUUAUAUUGGUUGGGGGAAAAGUCAUUACAAUGUUAUUUAAGUUGUUAAUUAAACAACCACACCAAAAAAAAAAAAAAAACGUUUUUCGUAUAAAUCUUUUAUAAAAUGAAAUGUUAUCGAGCAAUGUGGGGGUCGGGGAUGAAAAUUUGACACAAAACAUGCCCAAGGUUCGCAACUUCAAGUGAAACGCUUGGCUCUUUUUUUGAAAGUUCUUUUCCCGUUAUGACUCAAAACACGAUCAGCCGAUAGUUUGUGGAGGUGAAACUGAAAAUAAAAAUUCUUCCUCGUACCAAGUCAAUACUAGGCUAUAUUAUAUUGGUUGGGGGAAAAGUCAUUACAAUGUUAUUUAAGUUGUUAAUUAAACAACCACACCAAAAAAAAAAAAAAACGUUUUUCGUAUAAAUCUUUUAUAAAAUGAAAUGUUAUCGAGCAAUGUGGGGGUCGGGGAUGAAAAUUUGACACAAAACAUGCCCAAGGUUCGCAACUUCACUUUCUUUUCACGCCCCUGAAAUAAUUUAAUAUUCUAAUGACCGACCAACUUUUAAACAGCAGUUUUAUUUCACAGACUGAUUUCAGGAAAACAAAAGAAAAUAUCACGCAACAAACGCACUUGCGAUAUUUUAAAAGAAUCCCAUUUAGCGAAGUUAUCGGGAAUUUUAUUUCGUGAAAUCAGUGUCAUCAUAUUUCUUUCAUCUACCCAUUGAAAAAAACAGGAAAACCUGAUUUUGGUGGGUUGGGGCUGAAAAUUUGGAAGGAAGUGUCAUCGGCAACGAGUCUGUGUGCCUAGUUUCAGCUCAAUAGGUUUACGGGAAGUGGGUUGGUUCCAAAAAUCAUGCUUGUUGUUCCUAAACUCGAGUCCAGUAAGUUGAGUGGAGGUAAUUAACAGACCUACUCAUAUCGUCUUUUUUUACAAAUAAAAUGUAUACUUUUAUCCUGAAAAAAUUAUUUCCUUUAAAUUAACCGUAACGUCAUCCAAUCCAUCUUUACUUGGCCAAACCAUGACAACCCACCAAUGAUAUGAAAGCGGAUAUUACAUGGAUCCACCCACAUUUUGUCUACAAUUUUUUUUUUCCUUUGUGGUCGUACCCCAUAGCAUUCUAGCUUCAUAAUACCUUCACGGAUAACUCUAAUCUAACGUCUCUAUAAAAAGAUAACUUAACUUCCCUCACAGAAUAACUUUAACUACAACGUCCCUUAAAAGGUAAUUUAACUGCAACUUCUCUAUAACAGAAUAUAAGUCAACUAUAACUUUUCAAUUAUAUGAUAAAUCAUGUUAUAGCAUCUCUUUUAAUUAGGAGAAAGCGAUUAUAAUUUCUCUCAAUCCCGGCCGCGGCAUUACUUCUCUCAAUUUUUACCAUAGCCGGAAACUUUUUUAAAAAUUUAAAUUCCUGGCAGACGAGCAGUGAUGGUGACCUAAUUAAUGGUGCGCGUGUUUCCCGUCAAGGCGAAAUCAAACGAACCUUUGUGGAGCAGGAAACCGUUCAAGUUUUUGUGGUGAAAAUAGAUUAGUAAAAUUUUCAACGUUUGGCUUAGCUCUGGCUUGUUUUUACUUUUUUGCAAUUGAUUUCUUGUCUGUUCAGUGCCGUCUUAAAACAUGGGCACGAGACGAAUAUUUGUUUAUUAAUAUGUGUCGUGUGUGUGUGUGUUUGUGUGUGUGUUCCUUUUUCAACAUUGCCCAUUCUUCAACAUUGUACCUGUGCACGUGAUCACUGUACUGUAAGUCAAAAGCUUAAGUUUUUUAAUUUCUUUUUUUUAAAAUUUUGUAAUUUUAAAUUAACUAAACAAAAUUAUUAAUUCUCAUUAGCCCUAGUUUGGGUAUCGUUUUCUUUAUUAUUAUAUUUAAUUGCUGGUAUUAUCUUUUGUUGUGUAUUGUUUGUCAACGAGCCAUGUCGACCAAGAAUAGAUUAAAUUCUGUAUUCUGAUAACAGGACGUAACAAAAAAAAGUGCUUUAUUGAAAUUGUCUUAAGGAAACACUGGUCGGAACGUAUUGGCCAACCUGGGCCUCAAAUGCUUUUCCUGUAGUCUUAUUUGGUGCCUUGGGUUUUAGAUAUGUUCCUAAUUUUAUUUGGUGCCUUGGGUUUUAGAUAUGUUCCUAAUGUUAUUUGGUGCCUUGGGUUUUAGAUAUGUUCCUAAUGUUAUUUGGUGCCUUGGGUUUUAGAUAUGUUCCUAAUGUUAUUUGGUGCCUUGGGUUUUAGACAUGUUCCUAAUGUUAUUUGGACGGAACCCAAAAUCUAUACAAGGAUUACAAUAAACCACGGAACCGUUUUAGAUAUGUUCCUAAUGUUAUUUGGUGCCUUGGGUUUUAGAUAUGUUCCUAAUGUUAUUUGGUGCCUUGGGUUUUAGAUAUGUUCCUAAUGUUACUUGGUGCCUUGGGUUUUAGAUAUGUUCCUAAUGUUAUUUGGUGCCUUGGGUUUUAGAUAUGUUCCUAAUGUUAUUUGGUGCCUUGUGUUUUAGAUAUGUUCCUAAUGUUAUUUGGUGCCUUGGGUUUUAGAUAUGUUCCUAAUGUUAUUUGGUGCCUUGGGUUUUAGACAUGUUCCUAAUGUUACUUGGUGCCUUGGGUUUUAGAUAUGUUCCUAAUGUUGUUUGGUGCCUUGGGUUUUAGAUGUGUUCCUAAUGUUAUUUGGUGUCUUGGGUUUUAGACAUGUUCCUAAUGUUAUUUGGUGCCUUGGGUUUUAGAUAUGUUCCUAAUGUUAUUUGGUGCCUUGGGUUUUAGAUAUGUUCCUAAUGUUAUUUGGUGCCUUGGUAUUUAGACAUGUUCCUAAUGUUAUUUGGUGCCUUGUGUUUUAGAUAUGUUCCUAAUGUUAUUUGGUGCCUUGGGUUUUAGAUAUGUUCCUAAUGUUAUUUAGUGCCUUGGGUUUAAGAUAUGUUCCUAAUGUUACUUGGUGCCUUGGGUUUUAGAUAUUUUCCGUAUUUUAUUUGGUGCCUUGGGUUUUAGAUAUGUUCCUAAUGUUAUUUGGUGCCUUGGGUUUUAGACAUGUUCCUAAUGUUAUUUGGUGCCUUGGGUUUUAGAUAUGUUCCUAAUGUUAUUUGGUGCCUUGGGUUUUAGAUAUGUUCCUAAUGUUAUUUGGUGCCUUGGGUUUUAGAUAUGUUCCUAAUGUUAUUUGGUGCCUUGGGUUUUAGAUAUGUUCCUAAUGUUAUUUGGUGCCUUGGGUUUUAGAUAUGUUCCUAAUGUUAUUUGGUGCCUUGGGUUUUAGAUAUGUUCCUAAUGUUAUUUGGUGCCUUGGGUUUUAGAUAUGUUCCUAAUGUUAUUUGGUGCCUUGGGUUUUAGAUAUGUUCCUAAUGUUAUUUGGUGCCUUGGGUUUUAGAUAUGUUCCUAAUGUUAUUUGGUGCCUUGGGUUUUAGAUAUGUUCCUAAUGUUAUUUGGUGCCUUGGGUUUUAGAUAUGUUCCUAAUGUUAUUUGGUGCCUUGGGUUUUAGAUAUGUUCCUAAUGUUAUUUGGUGCCUUGGGUUUUAGAUAUGUUCCUAAUGUUAUUUGGUGCCUUGGGUUUUAGAUAUGUUCCUAAUGUUAUUUGGUGCCUUGGGUUUUAGAUAUGUUCCUAAUGUUACUUGGUGCCUUGGGUUUUAGAUAUGUUCCUAAUGUUACUUGGUGCCUUGGGUUUUAGAUAUGUUCCUAAUGUUAUUUGUUGCCUUGGGUUUUAGAUAUGUUCCUAAUGUUAUUUGGUGCCUUGGGUUUUAGAUAUGUUCCUAAUGUUAUUUGGUGCCUUGGGUUUUAGAUAUGUUCCUAAUGUUAUUUGGUGCCUUGGGUUUUAGAUAUGUUCCUAAUGUUUUUUGGUGCCUUGGGUUUUAGAUAUGUUCCUAAUGUUAUUUGGUGCCUUGGGUUUUAGACAUGUUCCUAAUGUUACUUGGUGCCUUGGGUUUUAGAUAUGUUCCUAAUGUUAUUUGGUGCCUUGGGUUUUAGAUGUGUUCCUAAUGUUAUUUGGUGCCUUGGGUUUUAGAUAUGUUCCUAAUGUUAUUUGGUGCCUUGGGUUUUUGAUAUGUUCCUAAUGUUAUUUGGUGCCUUGGGUUUUAGAUAUGUUCGUAAUGUUACUUGGUGCCUUGGUAUUUAGAUAUGUUCCUAAUGUUCUUUGUUGCCUUGGGUUUUAGAUAUGUUCCUAAUGUUAUUUGGUGCCUUGGGUUUUAGAUAUGUUCCUAAUGUUACUUGGUGCCUUGGGUUUUAGACAUGUUCCUAAUGUUAUUUGGUGCCUUGGGUUUUAGAUAUGUUCCUAAUGUUAUUUGGUGCCUUGGGUUUUAGAUAUGUUCCUAAUGUUAUUUGGUGCCUUGGGUUUUAGAUAUGUUCCUAAUGUUAUUUGGUGCCUUGGGUUUUAGAUAUGUUCCUAAUGUUAUUUGGUGCCUUGGGUUUUAGAUAUGUUCCUAAUGUUAUUUGGUGCCUUGGGUUUUAGAUAUGUUCCUAAUGUCAUUUGGUGCCUUGGGUUUUAGAUAUGUUCCUAAUGUUAUUUGGUGCCUUGGGUUUUAUAUAUGUUCCUAAUGUUCUUUGUUGCCUUGGGUUUUAGAUAUGUUCCUAAUGUUCUUUGGUUCCUUGGGUUUUAGAUAUGUUCCUAAUGUUAUUUGGUGCCUUGGGUUUUAGAUAUGUUCCUAAUGUUAUUUGGUGCCUUGGGUUUUAGAUAUGUUCCUAAUGUUAUUUGGUGCCUUGGGUUUUAGAUAUGUUCCUAAUGUUAUUUGUUGCCUUGGGUUUUAGAUAUGUUCCUAAUGUUAUUUGGUGCCUUGGGUUUUAGAUAUGUUCCUAAUGUUCUUUGGUGCCUUGGGUUUUAGAUAUGUUCCUAACGUUAUUUGGUGCCUUGUGUUUUAGAUAUGUUCCUAACGUUAUUUGGUGCCUUGGGUUUUUUGAUAUGUUCCUAACGUUAUUUGGUGCCUUGGGUUUUAGAUAUGUUCCUAACGUUAUUUGGUGCCUUGGGUUUUAGGGUUGACUGCCCCGGGCCACUGAACGGCACCAAGAAAGAUGAAAUGAUUGAGUUGUUUUUUUUUUUUUUUUAAAUCUCAUUCGGGCUUUUCCUGGAAGAUCAGAUCCUAUCUUAUGAACUCUAAUGAAAGGGGAGCAUGGGUCUAGAUUUAUAAUACAAAAUUCCCAGUUAAUAUGUUAUUUUAGUAUAAAAUAAGCACACUUUUCUAUAAAUACCCCCACCCCCCGAAGGGUUGAUGGAGGCAGUACCAGGAGGUAUGGGAUACCUAUAACUUUUUGAUGCAAAAAAAUAUGUAUACAAAAUUAUAAGAUAAGAGCUGAUUACUAUUUUUUCCCCCUGGGCAAACAGUUUAUCUAUAGUUGGCCCAUUAUGCUCUUCAAGCGGCUCUACAUGAUAUUCUGCACAUUUUUCUACAUAGUGCUCCCCCACUGACCUUGGCGUUAGUUUAUUAGGUUGACCGAGUUAUUUCACACGUGUUGGUUUGCCACUGACACCGAGAGUUACCCUAUCUCUUGACCUUUGAGGUGAACUCUGUGACGUAACUUGUUUACCUUUCAGAUAUUCUUCCCCAAUAUACUGGAUAGUUCAAAAUAAUUCUGGAACGCAGAUUGCAUAUGACUUUGGUAUUCCAGAUGUAACUUCAAAAAAAAAAAAAAGAGGAAAAUUUAAAGUAUGUAAAUAAGACCGUCAACCUUACAAGAGACCUUCAGAUUUCUAAAGACAUCAUUCGUAAAAAGGAGGGGGGGAUGUUGUGGGGGGAAAGGGGUUUGCGGCCGCUCCAAAUAGGUUGAGAACCCCUUUGUGCAAGGUAACAGUGUCUGCUUGACGCCAGUCAAAAUAAAUAAAUGUGACCUUUAAAGAUGGUUUUCAUUUAACGCGCUGCACUUUGAUGAUAUCAAUCUAACAAAAAACAAAUGCACCACCAAGUUCUUUACAUGAACACUAUGUAGAAAAUUUCAUUUCUACAUUUCUUCUUAUUUUUUUCCCCCCAGAGUGAAGUUACAACGCCUUAUUCAGACCAAAGAUUAUUUGGACGGAGAUAAACAACGUAAAUAUAUCAACAGUGAACAUCAACCUCGUGUUAUCAACAAUAAAAAAUUGAUCAAAGAGCAGUGUAUCAACAGUAAUAAUGUAAUCAACAGUCCCUCGACAAAGAACAUUGAAUCCAUUAUGAGAUACGACAACACUUCACAAACAGCGUCAAGUAUACAAAUGCACGUUCAAAGCCUCCCUCGUUCUGAUUCAAACAAACCCACGUGACCCGACAAACUGCGAUACUCUCGAAGCGCUCUCCCACUCUCCUGAUCACUGGAACCAUGGUGGAGAGAGUAUGGUAGUACAAGGCGUAUCCACCGACCCGAUCACCCUGCGCGGGCUUAUCCUCUCCGUGGCAACUUUCCACGUUGUCUUCCUCAGCAACUCUCCAACCCACGCCGUCAGGGAAACCCGACCGCUACAGCAUGGCCAUCCGCAUCUUCAGCCGCAGCACGGUCAUCCAGAAAGUGAGCCACAGCAGGGUCAUCCAGACCCCCCGCGCCAAAGGUACCACGUGUCGGACGCUCUUCCGCCCCCGGGUUCCGGCGAGGAGCAGGUUUUCACCAGCCGGCUCCUGAAGUGGCACGUGGCGUACUGCGGCAACCACAGCCUCUGCCAGGAGAGAUCGACCCCCCAGUGCUACCUCUGCGCGCCGUGUCAGUGCGACUUCCACUGCCAUGAAUACGGGGACUGCUGCCCCGACGUUGCCAUGGCGACGGGGGACGACGACUUCCCCCGGCCGUUCACCGGAAACGUCACGAACGUCAUGUCGUGCGAGGACGCCGAGUUCCGGAUUCCGGAAUCCGGUCACCGGAAAUCCCCGGUGACCAAAAUAGCCGGCGAUAGUUCUCUGAUUGUUGUCGGGCGUCACGCUUCCUAUCACUUCCAUAGUUAUUUGAUGGUGUCUCGGUGUCCCCACGCGUUCACGCGGGACGCCGGCCUGUGCGAGAAACUGGGUGACGUGUGGCCUGUCAUGUCUGCCGAGAACGGCUCCAACAUUGUUUAUAAAAACUACUACUGCGCGCGCUGCAACAGCGUGGCGGACAUCAUUCCAUGGAGCAUUAAGAUCACGUGUGACAAAAUGAAGACCCUGACCUCAUUCCAAAACCCCCGGGAAGUGGCGAAGACGUCCUUCUCGGAUCAAGACUGUGAUAUCCUGUUCGAGCCCCCGGCGUGGAAGGAGGCCCGCAAGUGCUACACGGACCGCGAUGUGGUCACGGCGUGCAACGUCACCGGGCGGUGGGUGAAGCGGGACGCGUUCUACCAGCGGGCCUGCGACAGCUACGUCACCCCCAAGCAGGUCGAAGGGCGCCUGUACAAAAACGUCUUCUGCUACCUGUGCAACCACGACCACGACGCAAACACCACGGUGCACCUGCUGACGUCGUCGUGCCUACGCCAGCCGCUGGUCCGAAGUGAGGCGAUGGUGGUGACGUUGCGCCAGUCGGACGUCAUCACCGAGCCUUCCCACAGUCCUCUGUUCAACGAGGAGUCGUACAAGGAGUGUGGGGGCACGGGCGUGUAUGACAAGAAAGAGGUGAGUACGUCUGGCGAUGGUCAAACCAUUUUACAAUCAGCAGCAAAACACCACCAGACAAUAAAGGUAACGCCAUCUUUCAGAAUAAGACAAGCAAGAUGUCCCUAGAUAUAAGACAAGCAAGAUGUCCCUAGACAUAAGACAAGCAAGAUGUCCCUAGAUAUAAGACAAGCAAGAUGUACCUAGAUAUAAGACAAGCAAGAUGUCCCUAGAUAUAAGACAAGCAAGAUGUCCCUAGAUAUAAGACAAGCAAGAUGUCCCUAGAUAUAAGACAAGCAAGAUGUCCCUAGAUAUAAGACAAGCAAGAUUCCCUAGAUAUAAGACAAGCCAGAGCUCCUUAGAUAUAAGACAGGCAAGAUGUCCCUAGAUAUAAGACAAGCAGGAUGUCCCUAGACAUAAGACAAGCCAGAUCUCCUUAGAUAUAAGACAGGCAAGAUCCCCCUGGACAUAAGACAAGCCAGAUCUCCAUAGAUAUAAGACAAAGAAGAGGGUUUGCUGGUGGUCCAUUGGAAGCUGUUCCAUAAUUCGUUUGCUGGUGGUCCACUGGAAGCUGCUCCAUAACAGAGUUUGCUGGUGGUCCACUGGAAGCUGUUCCAUAACAGAAUUUGCUGGUGGUCCAUUGGAAGCUGUUCCAUAACAGAGUUUGCUGGUGGUCCACUGGAAGCUGUUCCAUAACAGUGUUUGCUGGUGGUCCACUGAAAGCUGCUCCAUAACAGCGUUUGCUGGUGGUCCACUUCAAAGAUGUCCAAAACAGGGUUUGCUGAGGAUCUAGUUUUGGCAAGAAAAUGGCGCCAGUUACACAUUAGGGUGACAUCAUGUCCUGAGCACUGACAAAACACCUGUCAGAACACAAACCUGCAUGCACAGGUUUGGGCUGUUCCCAAACACACCAGAGCUACGGAACCCGGUGUGCAGUGAGACGAUGCUAGGUGCAUGUGCCACGGAAGAAUUCCUCCAAGACGAUGACCAAACCGUGAAGGCGCUGUAAAUGGGUUUAAAUAAAAAGGUUUGGGGGGGGGGGGGGGGGGGCAAAGAUUUGCUCAUUGUCAAGCUGUCAAAUGUUGGGAGUAAAAUAGCACGGCACAUAGGCGUGUUGACAUUGGGUGCGUCACGUGACACGGCACCGUCACAAUUAGUCUUAAGCGACGACUAAAUAUGUCACUUUGUCCAUUUGACCAAACGCUUUUUCUCGCCUGUUGUACCGUGUAUGACAUCGACCAGGUGUUGAUUGCUCCAAAACUCAACGGAAUUCAACGGAAUGGUUGUGUGAGUAUUGGCAUAGACGGUGCUGUGAUAACAAGGCGCAGUCAAAUGAAACAGCCCCUAAAAACAAUAAAUAUUUUUGUAUAAAUCAUUGGAAUGCUUUUUUUUUCAUUUACGUAAGAGUACGUGAUUUAUCAUCAUUAAGAAACUUUGAUCUAAAUGGGUAAACUGCUGGCGAAAUCAUCUUUCAUAUUUUCUUCGUUUUCCCCUUUCGAAAAAAACUUUUUUUUUUAAUGCAUACCAAAAUUCGUCACAAAUACAAUGAACAUAGCAACAGCUACACAAUUAAUCUCCACACCAAAAUACGCAACCAUUGAACAAUUGAUUAAUCUUCCCCCUUUUUUGAAAAACAGGAGGAAAAAAAAAAAGAUUUUGGGGGGGUUGGGCUUGGGGUGGCUCAAAAUGUGAUAUACUGUGUAAACAUCAACAACGAGUCUAUGUGCCAAGGUUCAGCUCGAUAAGAUGACGGGAAGUGGGUCGAUUGGCCUUCCGAAGAUUUUUCCACACAGAAAAGUAAAAAAACAAAAGUGAAGUUAAUAUAAAGGAUUUAAAGAGGAUUUUUUUCCAUGUACAAAAAGAGAAAAAUCAAACCGUAAAACAAGUACACAUUGCCUCAUUCGAGGCUGGAAAUAGGAUUGGGAUAUAAACAUGAGCCAACUGGGCGAUUGCCCAAGGCCUCACUCUUCUAGGACUCCUUGCGACUCUAGGGGCAUGAAUUUGCCCAUAUUUUUAAUACAUUUGAAAGAUAUUUAGGCAAUUUCAUUUGCUUCCAGAGAGCUUUGGAAAGAAGAGUUCCAAAUUUAGAUUAUUCAAUGAAUUCCAUAUUUUGGUACUACUUUUAAAGGCGAAAGUCCACUGACUUAUUGAUACAUUUUUAAAAAAAAACUAUUAUUAUUAUUUAUUUUGUAAUUAAUUUUAUUUUUUCUUGGGUUGGGGGGGGGGAGCAGUGGGGAAUAUGUUUAUGUUAGCCAAAUAGAUUUAUAAUAGGCGUCAUAUGUUAAUUAUUUAUUAAUUUAUCUGAAGAACGUCUUAGUAGUUUAAAAUGUUCAAAUCAACCUUUCACAUAAUAGUUUUUGGAGAGUGCUCAAACUCAAGUAAAUUUAUGAUAUCAACUAUUUUAAAUUAAAUCAACCUGGCCAAAUCUACAAAUUUCUCGAUUUAAUUUUUAAGAAUCAAAGAAGUAAAACAUUUGAAAGUUCUGAAAGUGAUGAAAACCGCUUGAUGAGAUUGUGUUUGACCAUUUCCGUCCAUAAGUUUCGUUCCCCCCCUCCCCCCCCCAAUCCAUUAUUGUUUUCCAUUGUUCAAGACAUCCAUAUUUUUUUUCCACUUUCACCCCAGGACAUGUGCAGGGAGGUGACAUGCGCAGUUGGCCAGCAUCUUGUUUCCGGUACAUGCCAACCAAUUUUCCUAAGGGCCAAAGGACUCAGCUAUGAGUUGUAUUUUGGACUUCGGCCGAACAAGCCUGUAGAUCUAUCAGGUAAUUGGACCACGGUCCCCGGUGGUUUGGGGGGGGGGAGGGGCGGGUUGGGCUGGGCGAUACAUUCUAGUGUGUUCGUAUAAAUAUUUAUUAGUUAUACUAUGACCAAAUAAAGCAUCUUGACUUUAGUGCUACUAGAAUAUCGCUUCUGUUUUCAACACCUUCUGGUGAUUGUAUUAAAUUAUUCAAUUCGACUGCUAUAAUCACACAACCGCUUACGUCUCUAUCUACACACUAUCUAAAACAGAAACGUGCCAACACACAUUCAACACACUUGCCAACACACGAUCUAAAAAAAAAAAAAAACUUGGCAACGCGCGAUCUACACACCAACCAGCACACGCUAUAUACAUACACACAUACCCGCUAAUUAUUUUUACACGUCUACCCAACACACCAACUACAAACAGAUCCGCUGUGUCGUUAGCACAUCUCACCCCCCCCCCCCAGUGACCUAUGAGGCAGGUGAGCACGAUAGACACCACCUCGCCGACUCACCCACCUGUCUUUAAUAACUUCUUUCAUUACAGGCGAAGACGAGUUACGCUACCACCUUCCAGCAGAGAUGGAGGUGUACCUGGGCAAAGUCUUGCUUCAGGGCAACUAUAAAUUUCAGGUAUUUAAUACACGACAUACUUACACGCCAUGCUGGACUAAUUCCAACAGGCAAGUUGGAGAUAUUGGCCGAAACCGAACAGUGAGGUUGAGAUAAUAGUCUCAUUUCAACUGUCGUGUUAAGAGGGCGGUCGAAUUCCAAAUGACAUGUUGAGAUAUUGGUCUACAGAUGAUAUGUUGAGUUCAAUUUCAAAUGACAUGUUGAGAUAUUGGUCCACAAAUGAUAUGUUAAGAGUCAAAUUUCAAAUGACAUGUUGAGAUAUUUGUCCACAAAUGAUAUGUUAAGAAUCUAAUUCCAAAUGACAUGUUGAGAUAUUGGUCCACAAAUGAUAUGUUAAGUGUUUUAAUCCAAAUGGAAAAAAAUGAUAUGAUAGUGAUCUAUUUCCCAAAUGACAUGUUCAGAUAGUGGCCUACUUUGAAAUGACAUGCUCAGACACUGGCCUAAUUCCAACAGCUGUGUUGUUUUCAGUACUUUGCUAUGGCCUUCAACACGACCGACAGAGAGGGCAGGUGUAGCCAGGUCUCCAAAGAGAUCGGGCUGUACGUCGUGCUGGUGAGCCGUCAGAUGGUUGACCAAAGGAAGCUACAGGAAACACUCCUGCGCAUUCGGAAUGUCAACUUCACUAUCGACCGACGGACGUGGAGGCUGACCUUUCAGGUGAUGGAUACCAGCCAAGUUUUGCCAAAGCCCUUUCACAUAAUACCACCACCCCAUCUGAUCUCAACAACCUCCAUCUGAUCUGAACAACCCCCAUCUGAUCUGAACAACCCCCAUCUGAUGACUUGUUGGGGGUAGACUAGACUUGUUGGGGGUAGACUAGACUUCAACCCCCAUCUGAUCUGAACAACCCCCAUCUGAUCUGAACAACCUCCAUCUGAUCUGAACAACCCCCAUCUGAUCUCAACAACCCCCAUCUGAUCUGAACAACCCCCAUCUGAUCUCAACAACCCCCAUCUGAUCUGAACUACACCUCACUCCCAUCGAACCUACCCAUCUUGUCGCCCUCCAACAUCACUUUCCAGAAUAUCCCCCCCCCCCACACACACAUACACUUCCUUUUUUUCAACCCAAUCUUCACACCCACAGCGGGUACUAUUUCUCACCUUUCAGUGACUCUUAAAUUUCUUUCUGUCACCCAGGGCUAUCCAAGUGAGUCUCCCUGGCAUAUUAUGCAUCCCUCCAGGCGCCUGGUGCCCCCAGCAUUAUCAACUUGCGUCAUCAUUGUCUCCAACGAUCUUCUGCAACAGAGAAGAGGUUAGUAUUAUAGUAGAGGAUAAAGGUUUAUUUCAAAAUAUUUUAUUUUGUUGAAUGGAGCAAUUAAUUUUAUCAUCAUCAGAUUCAUUGAUUUUUUUUUUUAAAGAUUAUCAAUAUAUAUUUUUAAAAAUAGCAUUAGAAAGAAGUCUUCCCGGAAUUAAUUAUUUAUGACAACCAUAUUCCAUAUUUUCUUUAGAAGUAUUAGCAGACAUAAUCUUAUGAAAUAAUCCCGCUAGAAGUAGUUGCAAAAAUGAAUCUCAUGAAAGAUCAGCACAUGUUUAACAAAGGUGUGUGUAAUUAUUCUUAAAUAAAGUUGUUAAAAAAGCACUAUAAAAAAAACAUGUCUAUAGUUACAUUCAUGUUAAUGUAUAUUCAAACACUGACGUUUUUCAUUUCCCAGAAGGCAUCAUACGAGUAGGGACGACGACUCCUGACCCAAACCUGCCGCAAGACCCGGCGCCCGUUCAUAUCCGCAUCUCCAAUCUCCUCACCUGCCCGCAAGUCCGUCUUUUCCCACACGAGUACUCCGUCGCCGGACCCGACGGCGUCCUGGCCUUUCACCUGGGUGCCAUGAACUCUGACCUUCACCUGAACCGAUACCUCGUGGAUCUUGACGGCAACGUGACCGUGUGUCUGGACGAUUUCCUGGUGAAGCUGACCAGGGACACCGGCCAGCGGACGACCGUGGAGAACAUCCUCGUGGCGGUGAUCCUCCCCGUCUCCCUGCUGUGCCUCCUGGCCUGCUUCACCGUGUUCCUGGCUUUCUCCGAGCUCCGGGCGCUGUCCGGCAGGAACAACAUGCUCUUCACGGCGUGCCUCUUCUGUUCCCAGGGCGCGCUGCUGCUGGGCUACGUCGUGGAUGACACCAGCCGUUGGUGCGUCGCCUUCGGGGUGCUCUCCCAUUACUUCUGCUUGUGUUUCUUCUGCGCCCUGGUCAUCUGCUCUUACCACAUGUACGCAAAGUUCACCACCAUGCACCUGUCGGCCAACGAGACGAAAGAGGGGAGGCGACUCCUUGUAUACUGCUGCAUAACGUUCUCCGUUCCCCUCGCGGUUAUCCUUCUUGUCAUCAUCGUCCACGUCACCACGCAUCUGCCCGAGGUCGUUGUCGGCUAUGGGGGCGGGGCUAUUUGCAUCAUGUCGAAGGUCACGGCCGUGUGGGUGUCCUUGUUCCUGCCGUUGGGGAUCUCUCUCACCAUCACGACCAUUCUCUAUAUUAUCACGUGCCUAAGCCUGCGUCACAACAAGGACGUCGAAACCAAUGCCACGGAAGAGCGGCACGUCAAGUUCUACUUCCGGAGCUCCCUGCUGACGUCAAUUACCUGGACGAUCGGUAUUGUCGCCAUAGUGACGUCAUGCGCGUACACGAGGAUCGCCUUCAUCGUGAUGCAGAGUCUUCUGGGAUUGUACGUGUUCGUUACACUCGUCCUGACGGAGAGAGUCACCCGACUUUUGACCGGAUGUUGCUGUGGAAGCCGACGACCUCCUCGGGGAAGGACGUCCUUGAACUUAAAGAUGGCUUCGCGCUCUGAAUGUCCCGCGAGAAACCCGUGUAUAGUUGCUACGGGCUUUCGCAAAAGGGAUACCAAUGUUCCGGUACAGCAGUAUGAUGGUGCCAAUGAGUCUAUACCGGCACAGCUAUAUGAGGAUACAACGGAUUCUUCUCCGGUACAGUUAUAUAGUGUUACGAACGAGUCUGCCAUUAGAAUGAUCUCUGAAAGUAAUGACAUUGUGGAAACUGGUACAUAAUAACUAUUUUCUGGAAAUAAACUAAAGAUAGUUUGUGUGGCAUAGACGGCACUUGGUUAGUCUGAGAGAGUCUGUGUGUGACAGAUGUCAUUAGCCUGACAACGUCUGUGUGUGAGUGAUGACUUUAAAUCUGAGAGGGUAUGUGUGUGACAGAUGUCGUUAGCCCGACAAGGUAUGUGUGUGCGAGAUGUCGUUGAGUCUGAGAGGGUCCAUGUAUGACAGACGCCAUUAGUCUGACAACGUCUGGGUGUGAGUGAUGACUUUAAGUGUGAGAGGGUCAGUGUGUGACGGACGUCAUUGAUCUGAAAAGGGCUGUGUGGGAGAGGUGUCUUUUGAGUCUAAGAGGAUCUGUGUGUGACAGAUGCCCUUAGUCUGAUAAGGCCUGUGGGUGAGAGAUGUCUGAGAGGGUGUGUGCGUGACAGAUGUCAUUAGUUAGAGUGAGGGGGUCUGUGUGUGUGUGACAGAUGUCAUUGGUCUUACAGGAGUCUGUGUGUGAAUGUCACUUUUGACCCUGAGAUUAUGUCAAACACAUUUGUGUGUGUGUGAAUGGUUCUAUAGAAUCGAAAGGUAAAUAUGUCCUUUAGAAAAGAGCUGUUUUAAUGAUAGUACAUUAUGAAAUUAUAUCUAUGAUAUUUACAUUAUUGAUACAAUUUCUAUAAAAUGCUUAUUUGGGGAUAGGUCACUGUAAAACUUUGUUCAUGAUGUCUUUAUAAAUUCGUAUUCAUGGCUCACAGGUCGCGGCGGUGAUGCCUUCGUUUUUUGGAUCAUCGCUAAGUAGGAGAACACCGAACAGAAAGUACAAUAACGAAAGUGAUAAUAUAUUACAUAAGGGUGAAGUAAUGUGGUGGUGAUAUGAUAUCAGUGUGAAGUAAAGGGGUAAUAUUAUAUCAGAUACAAAUACAUAGGGAGCUGUAAUAGGGUUCUGUAAUAGGGCGCUAUAAUAGGGCGUAGAUACGGACACUUAAUAUGACAAUGUAAUAAGACAGUUUUACUUAGGGAAAUGUAAUAUGGCAUUGUAAUGUGUUAAUUAAUUUUUUCAUUGUAUUUGGGAAAUGUAAUAUAAUUUUUCGAAAUGUGCAAUUUUAUUGUAAUAACGCAAUGUAAUGUGGCGAUUUCAUAUUGCAAAGUAAUAGGGCGAUUUAAUAUGGCAAAGUAAUAAGGCAACAUCAUAUGGCAUUUUAAUUGAGUAAUGUAGUAGGGCAUUGUAAUAUGGCGAUUUAAAAGGGCAAUGUAAUGUGGUAUUUUAAUAGUGCAAUGGAGUAUUGCAUUUUAAUAGGGCAAUGUAAUAUGGCAUUGUAAACGUAGGACAAAGUAAUAUGACAUUGUAAUAAUGCGCCUUCAUUUUCCG